AUGGGACGUUUGUUUCCAUGUUAUCCACCAGAGCACUUUUGUCCACAUAGAUCUGGGUAUCAAAGCCUUGCGCUCGCAUAUACCGCUAUUAGAGAGUUGUCCGCGAUUGAUCUAAGACUACCAGAAUACGGCUGGGGAUUGUGUGCUCGGUAUUACUGUCCAGUUGCGGGAAACUAUGAAAAUCAUUCAGCGACGAUCAUCACGAAUAGGAUUCCGCCGAGUGAUCACGAUCAGCCGAAGCAGUCCUCUAUAGCUCGUGGGAAACCGGAGUGGCAAAAGAACACGUUACGUGUGUGUGGGAACUGGUCCGAACAACUUAGCUCAAAAGGGAAAGUAUAUUUCUAUAACUGUAUAACCGAAGUAUCUCAAUGGCAGAAGCCUCUUGAGUGGACACUUCCCGAUAUGACUCAAAGUGAGCUGCAUAAGUUCAUUUGUGACCGGCAAGGCGAAGGUCAAACUGUUAAGCGUCCAUAUUCUGCGCUAAAUCAGGUAGAUAGAGUGAAAUCCCGACUGCAAGAUGGUGCGUCUUCUCCCAAGCGUCAAAGGUACUCCGGGUCUAAAGGCGGUGUUGAUCGAACUAAGAUUGAAGGAAAUUCAUAUUCUCAUCUAGAUCAACACAACUUGCAUGUCAAUUCGCCGAGAAAAGUUGACCGUUCGGGCCAUGGAUCACCACAGCGGGUUCAUCAGAACAUACGGGAUUCUUUUGACGGGGUCAAGAUUGGUUCAUCCUUAGCUUCAACUUCAUAUUGCAUCAAUAGCAUAGAGAAUCAUGGCCCCCGUGAAGAAAGUGGUGAUUUCCAGGCCAAGGUGUCUUCGAACAGGGUACUUCCACACGACGAUAAGAUUCACCAGAAUCCUACUACGAUUGAAACUGGACGGUUUUCUUCCCUAUCUCCCCUGGCUGAUGCAACCAUGCCACCCAAAUUAGCAAGUAUUCUUGCCCCACAUUCAACUCGAAGUCCGCUUUUGAUGACUGCAUCCUCUGGUCAAAUGCCAAGUAGUGAUCCACAGUCAUCCACGUCUCGAUCUUCCAGUCCUUCAUUGCCUCGCAAUGAGACAACACAUACUCUCCGGCAACAUCCUGCUAGUAUGUGCCAACGUCGGCCUCCACACGACUUGCCAGCUGUAAAUAACGGCGAUUCCCUACUUCCUGAUAUUCAAUCUAAAGAUGGUUGCUCUUCCAAAUCCGAUCGGCGUUCUACACAAAUUGACAAACAGCCCACAUCUCCGCAACGAACCAGUUCAAUAAAACCAGAUCAGGUUCUCCGGAAUCUCGUGUCUGUGCUGAGUCACGUAGUUGAUAAACGAGAUCGGCUGUCCCUUUCCAAUGCCUCGGGUUGCAACAAUCGUACUCCCCCUGUUAAUUCCGCUUCCCGUUCUCAACCAUUGGUUGCUAACCUCUUGUCCACUUUCUUAGGAACACAUAGGACUUACCAUGCUGAGCCGAUAACAGCCUCAGACAUGCUGGAAGCUCAGCCCCGUUUAACUGCCGUAAGGGAUGCAGUACGACCUCACUUUAGUUUACCUGCUCUGAGCGCACUUCGACCCACAGUUGCUGUUUUGAAUCGAGUCUCGCUUAUUGACCAAAUCAGCCAAUCACCCGACACAAUUGCCUACUACAUAGGUUCGUUAAAUGGCUCAGACAAAACCAAAAAUGAGCGUACCCCUACAUGUCCAUCUUCGUCCGAUGGUACAUCAAUCAUAUCACCUUGUCCACGCAAUUCCCCUUCUCCUGCCAAUACCGCUUCCGACUUUCGAAAUCAUCCGCAAAAGCGUCACAGUCCAUUGGAUUCACGUGCUGUUGUCGGCGAUGCACUGCAGCUUCGGCGAAGUCAUUCAAGCGAGGAGGAUGGAGGUACUGUGAAUCCUCUUUCCGCCUGUGCUUCGGAUAGUCGACGUUAUCCCUUGUCUCUCGAUGCUCCGGAGGUGUUGCAGUUUGUUGAUUCCCACCUCUCGGUGCGGUUCCAACAUCCCGUGGCCGAUACGAUCGAGACUGAAGCACAGUCAUUAUUGCGUAAUUUCGAUCGCCUGCACAGUGUCCUCUAUAGUGAGCUGUCUGGCGAACUAAAGAAACUACGCGCCCUAGUGUGCAUAAGUGAAACGAAACUGAAAAUCCAUCAGCAAAGGAAGGAAUCUCUGCAAGAAUUGAUGGAUGCGAUCGAGUCGAAAAAGGCGCUACCACUCCUGGGUUCUCCUGACGCCCCAAUUUGA